CUUCUAAAACUACAAGUACGCCACUUCUCAAAUAUCUUCCCCUUCAGCUAGGGUUUUUCCCAAUAUCACCACUAAUUUUCUCUUGAUGCUCACAUACGCCCACUCUCACUAUUAUUCCGCCGUUAAUUGAUUGAGUCGAUUAAUGGACGCUAAGCACAACCUAUAGGUUCCGUGUUGUUUGCCCCCGAUAGUUUUUGGUUUCUGAAGUUUCAACAUUUUUUAGUGUGGUGAAAAAAUGGCAACAACGAAUCCGUUUGAUCUUUUGGGCGAUGAUGAUAACGAUGACCCCAGUCAGCUCAUAGCUAAGCUACCUGCAAUGGCACCGUCCAUCAAGAAAUCUCCGGCUGGUGUUGCGGCUGCUAAGCCGGCAGCCAAGCUUCCGUCCAAGCCGCUUCCUCCUGCCCAGGCUGUGCAAGAGGCGAGGAACGGUGGUCAGAGAGGGGGGCGUUUUGGUGGACGUGGGUUUAAUCGUGAUUUUGGCAACAAUGAGAACUCUAAUGGAACUAACAAUGGAGGAUACAGCAGACCUUCAGAAGAUGGAGAUGUUGACAAGUCUGAAAGACGAGGAGGAGGAGGGUAUAAUGGUCCACGUGGCGGAUACCGUGGUGGUCGUCGGGGUGGCUAUACAAAUGGGGGGGAUGUUGAAGGGGAACGCCCUCGGAGGGUGUUUGAACGCCGCAGCGGAACUGGUCGUGGUAAUGGGUUUAAGCGUGAAGGUGCUGGUCGUGGCAAUUGGGGAACUGCAACCGAUGAGGUUGCCUUGGAGCCUGAAGAAGCUAUGGUUGAAGGUGAAAAGAAGGUGGACUCUGAGAAGCCAGCUGUUCAGGAAGAAUCAGUUGAUGCCAAUAAGGAGAAUCCUGUUAAUGAGACGGAGGAGAAAGAGCCUGAGGAGAAGGAAAUGACACUGGAAGAGUAUGAGAAGGUUCUAGAGGAGAAGAGAAAAGCAUUGCUAGCACUCAAGUCUGAAGAGAGAAAGGUUGGAUUGGACAAAGAUCUAGCAAAAAUGCAGUUGCUAUCCAACAAAAAGAGUGAAGAGGACAUAUUUGUUAAAUUGGGUUCUGAGAAGGAUAAGCGCAAAGAGGCAGACAAGGAAGACAGAGCUAGAAAGUCACUAAGCAUCAAUGAGUUUUUAAAACCGAGUGAAGGGGAAAAGUACCACAAUCCAGGUUCAGGUGGACGUGGUAGGGGCCGCGGGCGUGGUGGUGUGUCCAGAGGCGGUGGAAACCGGAUGAUGGAUGUGGCGGCUCCUGCCAUUGAGGAUGUUGGUCAGUUCCCAUCAUUGAGUGUCAAGUAAGAGGAGGAGAGUCUUUGCAAGAAUAUAUUUAUUUCCUGCUGCUCUUAAAAAAACUUAAAAUGGUUUUUAUGUUUCACGUGUGUAAAUUGUUUAGUUAUUGGUCUUCUUGGGUUUGUGUCUUGGAUCACAUCUGGUGGUGCCGGUGGCAUUUCUUACCAUUUGAGGAUACGAUUUUUAUUUAUAGCCUUGAAUAUUUUGAGUUUUUGCUCAAUGCUCAUUUUUGAAUUAUUAGAGUCAAUAUAUUCCUUUUUCUUA